AAACAUUCUUAUAUUUUCACUAGAUAGCAGAUAUAAGCAAACAAUUCAGGGUUUUUAUUGUUAUAAUCAAAUUAUCAGUGUUUUCGAAGUGUGCGUGUCCCCUGGUGAGUCUGUUGUUGCAUUCCUUUCCGAAAGGGGGCGAUGUGGUGCCGUUAAAACCGCAAAGGUGUCCAUCAUCUAACGAGCUCCCCCUCAGCUGGCCCUUCACUAGUUUGUAACAAACAGGCUGCUUUACCGACGAUGUCCGUAUCUUGGCUGUUUCUGACUUAACCGGCCUCAUAAGUUCAUUUAUUGUUGUGCUUUAUUUUUUUUAAAGUCUGAACGUCAUGGAGUCGUCCGCACCGAAAAGUAAGUUGAAAAAGCUGAGUGAGGACAGUUUGACCAAACAACCAGAGGAAGUGUUUGACGUUCUGGAGAAACUUGGUGAAGGCUCCUAUGGCAGCGUAUUUAAGGCCAUUCAUAAGGAGUCGGGACAGGUGGUGGCUAUCAAGCAGGUUCCUGUGGAGUCUGAUCUGCAGGAAAUCAUCAAGGAGAUCUCCAUUAUGCAGCAGUGUGACAGUCCCUAUGUUGUAAAAUACUACGGCAGUUACUUCAAGAACACAGACCUGUGGAUUGUCAUGGAGUACUGUGGAGCUGGAUCUGUUUCAGACAUCAUCAGACUGCGAAACAAAACUCUGACAGAAGAUGAGAUUGCCACCAUCCUGAAGUCAACUCUCAAGGGUCUUGAAUAUCUUCAUUUUAUGAGAAAGAUCCAUCGUGACAUCAAGGCAGGAAACAUCCUUCUCAACACGGAGGGUCAUGCCAAACUGGCUGACUUUGGAGUUGCGGGGCAGUUAACGGACACAAUGGCGAAAAGAAACACUGUGAUUGGUACUCCGUUCUGGAUGGCUCCAGAAGUGAUCCAGGAGAUCGGCUACAACUGUGUAGCUGACAUCUGGUCUCUGGGCAUCACUUCUAUAGAAAUGGCAGAGGGUAAACCUCCUUAUGCUGACAUCCACCCAAUGAGAGCUAUAUUUAUGAUUCCCACCAACCCACCUCCUACGUUCAGGAAGCCGGAGCAUUGGUCAGAUGAAUUCACGGACUUUGUCAAGAAAUGUUUGGUCAAAAACCCUGAGCAGAGAGCAACUGCAACACAGCUUCUACAGCAUCCAUUCAUCAGCCAGGCGAAACCUGUCACAAUCCUCAGAGAUCUGAUAACCGAAGCCAUGGAGAUGAAAGCCAAGAGGCAGCAGGAGCAGCAGAGAGAGCUGGAGGAGGAGGAUGACAACUCUGAGGAGGAGACAGAGGUGGACUCCCACACGAUGGUGAAGUCCGGCCCCGAGGGUGCUGGGACCAUGCGGGCCACUAGCACUAUGAGCGACGGGGCGCAGACCAUGAUCGAACAUGGCAGCACCAUGCUAGAAUCAGAUCUGGGGACUAUGGUCAUCAAUAGUGAUGAUGAAGAGGAUGAGGAGGACCAAGGGUCAAUGAGAAGGAACGCCACCCCCCAGCAGCCCAUGCGCCCUUCCUUUAUGGACUACUUUGAUAAGCAGGACUCCAACAAGGCAGCUCAGCAGCAGGAAAACUACAACCGCAACCAGCCGCCGGAGCAGCCCGGCUACCACAUCCAGUCCAAAAGUGUCUUUCCUGAUAACUGGAAGGUCCCGCAGGAUGGAGACUUUGACUUUUUGAAGAAACUGGACUUUGAGGAGCUGCAGUUGCGCCUUAGUGCCUUGGAUCCCAUGAUGGAGCGGGAGAUUGAGGAUCUCAGGCAGCGCUACACUGCCAAGAGGCAACCCAUCCUGGAUGCAAUGGAUGCUAAAAAGCGAAGACAACAGAACUUUUAAGGGCUCCUCCAAUCACCUCUUCCUUUUCCCAAAGCCAGCAGCAAACUUAGGUCUCAGCAGGAGAACAAGACCACCAUGUUGUUCUUAUCUAAAUCCUCUCUAAUGUCCUGAAUAACUGCUAACUGGCCUCUGAAUGAAGUUGAAUGCUUUCUUUCCUGGAUGACGAUCUCUCUGCAGUUGCAGCGAAGUCGUUUUCUGGUAAACGCCGCUCAGGACUGUGGGCAAAAAAGGAGAAGUAACCCCCGAGGCCAUCUUAAAAAAAGGAAUUUCCUCUUUUCUCAGUGAACUGCUUGCCAUCUCAUUCUUAGCACCCGCUGGGAGUCACCAUCAGCACAUAAGGAAGUCAGUCCUCCAGCGGGAGCAGCUGUAGGUGCAGCAGAUUUAAUGAAGUGCUUUUUUCCCUUCAGACUUUUUACUUGUAAUGUAAAUAUAGCACAGAGCCUAGUUUAAAAAUAACCUCCAUCCGAUGCUGUGGAGGUUCGUCCAUGACCAAAGACAAUCAGAAUUAUGCUGACAUUGAGAAUGCCUUAAAAUAAUGAGCAAUGUAAUAAAACCACCAAGUAACUGGACGUUUGCACCUUGUUCUGUAACAUCGAGACCGGUUGGAGGAAAACUAUAGAAGCUGCAACGGAAACAAUGUGGUUGGACUAUGGAUGUUUUCACACGGACCACAAACUGGGAUUGGUUUUUGAGUUUUGCUUCACCGUCUGCAUUGACAGACCUCAUGUAUCGUAGUGCCUCUUAGGUCAAUUACAAACACGCCAUCCCGUUAGCCGAGAGUGGCGAUUUGCAUUCAAAAUUAGAGCCUUGAUUCGGCUAACUGAUCCAGAUGAAAACGGAUUGCACAGAAAUGGAAUACCAAGUAGUAAAACUAAACCAAAAGCUAUUCCUGAUUCUUAUUUGUUGAAAAUCUUCUGAGGUUUAUAAAAAAUAUUAUAAUUAAAAAAAAGGUUUUCUUGAACUGCUACACAUUAAGCUAAACUGUUAAAAGCAAGUUGUCAGAUGCAUCACAUCUAACCACAGUGGUUAAACUUUAAUUGGCUCUUUGAUGCUGUAUUUUCCAUAUUCUCCCUGCAGCAGUGGUGCAUAACUGUGCUUAAUGCGUCUUUGUAUUUAGAGUUCUGCUUUCCAUGAAGGAAACUGUGUUUUGGGAUAAAAUACACAUGUGCAAACCUGUUUGCACACGUGUUGGACUCCCUUUUUAGUAGAACAGUAGCAGCUUCUGUGCUUAAGAGUCACAGAUAGAUAAUUUAAUGCUGGAAAAAUUGAAACUGCAAUGCAGCAGCAGAUAUUCUUCUUUUGCUGUUAUUAAGCCAGAGGGGAGAGAUACAUUCAAAGUUAAUCUGUAAGGGUCAGUGUUAACCCUCCUGGAGUGACAAUGAGUUACAACACCGCUUUAAAAACUGGAUUGAUGGUAAAUGAUCAAGAUUAGAGAUCAGAAUCAAUCAUUUGCCAACAGAAAAAUGAUCCCCUAUAUUCAUUAAAUGCAUUAAAACCCCAGACUCCCAUUUUCUUUCAGUUCAUAAAUUGCAUCAACCAAUAGCAUGUACUUUGAUGUGCAUUUAUUAAAUAUUUUUAAUAAAAUCAAAUAAAGAUAAGGAACUAGGGUUGCACAAUAUUAGGAAAUUAUGUUGAUAUUCCAAUGAUAUCAGCUGCCCCUCUCCUCCCUCUUCUGUUUCCUGUUUGCCGGUCCAGGACCAGAACCUUUUAGUCACCAUCUGUGUCAUCAACUGCAGUGAGACUACAUCAGGCUGAAUAUCUUAUUAGCAUGCAAAAUAUGAAUUCCUUACACCUAUCAUGAACAUAGCCAACAAAUAUUGAAUUAGAAACAAGCCUUUUUUUAACUCUGUUAGUGCCCCAUAAUGCAUAAAUACUGGUGAUAUUCUUUAAUUUUCUGUUUGUUUCCAUUCGAUCUCUCAAAGAAGCUGCAGCUUAGUUUUUCUUCCUAAAUGCCAUCUAGUCGUCACGAAAACAAAAAGGUUAAUUUGCAGGUCGGAGCUUAAAGAAAACCAGUGAUCAGUAUCGGCUCUGGAAAGGCCUGAUUGGUGCAUUUCUAAAAAUUUAAGGUUUUGUUAAAAUUUUCAGGCUAAACUCUCAAAACGAUAUCAAAACUACAAGCAUAUAUAGUGAUUUGAAAGCUUGGUCCUUUCAACAAGAAGCUGUUGAUAUUUGCCUUUUGUUAAGUUUGAGAUUCUCAAUUAUUCCUGAUAAUGACCGUCUUCAUAUCUAGUACAUGCGUGUUGUCAGGUUUCUGUUACAUAUGAAUGUGGAUCGCCUAUUUAUUUUAAAUGAAGGGAUCUGUUCAGAGUCUCACUGACUUAUCUGGAAUAAGCAGUUUAAACAGGAUCAGUACUGCAUCAUGUAAAUCAGAGCUGCAUCUAUUCAGUUUUUUUCCCCUUCUAAUUGAAGAGAAUCAUGUCAUUUGCAAAAUAUCACCUUUAAUUUUAACGCCUUCGGUUUGGACUGCAAUAAAGUGCAUAGGAAUAUGAUUAUUCUGAGUUAAGAGCUUUUAUUAAAUGUGAUCUUGGCUGUUGACACUUUCUCCCCUUGGGCCAAACACGUUUUGAUCUGUCUUUUUUGACUAUGUAUGUUUGCAUUUUAGAGAGGUUAUUCUAGUAGGCGCACGGUUAAUAUGUAAGAUGGAUUAUUAUAUGUUUGAUUUCAUUAAAAACUUUGUAAAAUCUCAAAUAGGAAACUGAUUUGGCUUUCCCCCUCAUUUGUGCGAUUCUAAAAUCAAGUUUGUGUUUAUUUUUCGUUAUUAUUUCUCCUUUGUUUUGACUUGAUGCAGAGUGGAAUGUAAGCAUUAAACCUUUUUAAUUUAUUAUUUUUUGUUUGUAACCCUUUGAGAACCUGCAAUAAUUAUUAAAAGUUACAUAUAGGAACUCAGA